AUGGCAGGAGACGCUGACCAACCACCAAUUUCUUCGCUGCAACUGCGUCCUGCCCUGAAAAAAGCCGCUGACAAGCAGCAAAAGAAUCCGGACACCAAACCAAAGCACAUAAGACACGACUGCAUUAGACGUCCGGCGGAAACUGAGCAGGGUGUUGGUAAAUCAGCCCCGGCUCGACUAUCACAAAAGAAAAAAACCGUGGCAUUCGGUAGUACAAUAAACGUUUCUCAAACAGUAGAGGUGGAACAGCUGGACACGAAAAUGUUAGAAAUUCAGGAAAAAAUUGUUGAGCUUACUCGAAAAGAUGUGGAGCGAAGUGAUCAAUUUCUAAAACUAACAGAGAUGGUCAAGAAGCUCAUGGAGAAUGGGGCGAAAUGCAAUUUUUUGUCUGAUAGCAAAGAAGAGGAUGGCGGAAAGCGCAAAUCUUUGGUUGGGAGGAAAAAACAAUUUCGUGACAAAGAGAAUGUUUCACCAAGAAGAGACAAAUCUGCAACCAAGUCGCUUUGUGAUGUCAAGUGGGAAACUGUAAAACGGAAAUAUAUGGAAAAUGAAGAGUUCAAACGACUAGUGGACGAGGCCCUUAUGAAGUAUGGCGGAGACCAGAGUUUGGAUGUGGUUGCCGGAAAGCAGUGUAAACGAGAUUCCAUGAGGGCUCAGUCUCAUCAGCAUGAGCAGACGCUUCGACACGUUUCCUCAUCACCAGUAAUUCGUAGUACCACCCUAGUGACGAAGCAGAUGACUGUCGAGCAGAUUCGGAAAUGCGACAACUCGCCCUCACGAGAUGCCGCCUUUUCUUAUGACUCCAAAAAAUAUCUUGCAAGGCAUGGUAUCAUUUCCGCACUCGAUGAUGAUGAUGGUGAUGAUGAUGAAAGUGUGUGCGGAGCAGUUUUUGCUAAACGGUCUGAGUUACCGCUUUCUGAUUAUCAGCCGGGUAAUUCAAUGACUUACUAUUCGAAACGUGAAAAAUGCAAUAGCCGUGCAGCGACACUGUGGCCGAGUCUUCCACGAAAUUACGGUGCGGGUCACGAUUAUGGCAAGGAAAGGCAAUUUAAUGGGGGAAAAAGAUUGCCGGGAAUUGCCAUGAAUGAUGUAUUUUAUCAAAUUGAUCAUUUCGAUACGGACGAGGGUGAGAGUGUAAAUGAUAUCAUUGAAAUAAGUGAUGAUUCGGAAGAUGGGGAACCACCGCGUACAGCAAAUGCUGCUAAAAUACAAUCGUUUCGUGAAAUAAGAGCGUGGCGAGGGAACACCUUACGAACUUGGUCCAUUGUGCUGGGUAGUUUUUUCUAUCCGGAAGUGCGUGAAUCAUCUUACUGGCCGCCAUUUUAG